AGACCAACAACAAAAUCAUGGAGACUUACAACUGCUUUUAAAUGAUUCGAAGUAUUAAAAAUAUUUUUGGAAAAGAAAAAGAAAAAGCCAAGUAUUUAUUAUUAUUUGGUUCUUUUGGCAAUGGCAAAGAUUAUGCUUUAUUUGGUUGGUUUGAGGGAGGAGGGUCAUGUAGAAGCUCAGUCACUUAACACACUAUUUUUUCUCUCUCUUUGCUUUUUCUCUAUUCAGCCAUGAACAACCCAUCACAGGAAAGUGUUGAAACUGAAGGCAUCUCUCCAAAGAAGGUGAAGAAUGGGUCCUACAGAAGUGUGCUUAUAUUGGCUUAUCAAAGUUUAGGAAUUGUUUAUGGGGACCUCAGCACCUCCCCUCUUUAUGUCUACAAAACCACCUUCUCUGGGAAAUUGAGUCUCCAUGAGAAUGAUGAAGAAAUUUAUGGGGUUCUAUCCUUUAUCUUCUGGACAUUUACACUCAUUGCUCUCUUCAAAUAUGUUUUCAUUGUCAUGUCAGCCGAUGAUAACGGUGAAGGGGGUACCUUUGCAUUGUACUCUCUUCUUUGCCGUCAUGCUAGAUUAUGCAUUCUGCCGAAUCAAGAGCCUAUGGAUGAUAAAUUAUCUGCUUAUGACAUUAAGGGGAUCUUGGAGACAAGGUCGAGUGCUGCUCUAAAGUCCUUUUUUCGACUGCAUCCAUCUUUUCGAAGAGGUUUUUUGUUGUUUGUUCUCUUUGGAACCUGCAUGGCUAUUGGUGAUGGAGUGCUCACUCCUGCAAUAUCAGUUCUUUCAGCAGUCUCAGGAGUCAAACAUAAGAUCCCUGGACUCCAUGAGAACUAUAUUGUUUUAAUCUCAUGCGUCAUCUUGGUUGGACUGUUCUCCCUCCAGCAUCGUGGAACACACAAAGUUGCUUUCAUGUUUGCUCCAAUCAUUAUGGCGUGGCUUGUCUGUAUUAGCGUUAUCGGAAUAUAUAAUAUCAUCAAAUGGAACCCAAGUAUAUAUCAUGCACUCUCUCCCGUUUAUAUGCUAAAAUUCCUUAGAAGCACAGGUGUUGAAGGUUGGAUUUCAUUAGGCGGAGUUGUUCUCUCAAUUACAGGUGUGGAGGCCAUGUUUGCUGAUUUAGGCCACUUCUCUUCACUUUCAAUCAAGAUUGCCUUCACAUUUCUUGUCUAUCCCUCCUUGAUACUUGCUUAUUUGGGUGAGGCUGCAUUCCUCUCUAAGCACCAUGAAGAUAUUCAGAGAAGCUUCUACAAAGCAAUACCUGAAGCUGUGUUUUGGCCGGUGUUUGUCGUGGCCACUUUCGCUUCUGUCAUAGGAAGUCAGGCUGUGAUUUCGGCUACAUUCUCCCUCGUAAACCAGUGUUGUGCUCUGAAUUGUUUCCCUCAUGUGAAAACUAUGCACACCUCAAACCAGAUAUAUGGGCAGAUUUAUAUCCCAGAAGUUAAUUGGAUGUUAAUGUGCCUUUGUUUAGCUGUGACAAUUGGCUUGAGAGACACAAGCAUGAUAGGCCAUGCAUAUGGGCUGGCAGUCACCUUCGUUAUGUUUGUCUCAACUUGCUUGAUGACACUUGUAAUUAUAAUUGUUUGGAAGCUGAGAUUGAUCAAUGCCAUAGUGUUUUUCAUGUUUUUCGGGUCGAUUGAACUACUUUACAUCUCUGCAUCAAUCAUCAAAGUUCAUGAAGGUGGUUGGAUCCCCCUCGUGCUUUCUACAAUCUUUAUGUGUUCGAUGUAUACAUGGUACUAUGGAACGAUGAAGAAACACGAAUAUGACGAUGAGAACAAAGUGUCAAUGAAUAGGAUUCUUUCUUCGGGGCCUAGUCUUGGCAUAGUGCGUGUGCCCGGAAUUGGACUCAUAUACACUAAUCUGGUUGCUGGCGUUCCUGCUGUUUUUGGUCACUUUGUAACCACUUUGCCUGCAUUUCAUCAAGUGCUUGUAUUUGUUUGUAUAAAAUAUGUUCAAGUUCCCCAUAUCGAUGAAGAAGAUCGUUUGCUCGUCACGAGGGUAGGUCCAAAAGAAUGCAAAAUGUUUCGAUGCAUUGUCCGAUACGGUUACAGGGAUUUACUACAAGAAAACUACAAUUUUGAGAACAAAUUAGUGUUUUCUUUAGUGCAUUAUGUAGAAACAGAAGAUCAGUUUUGUAAACCAAUGACAGAAGUCUCUAGAGGGUGUAAAAAUUCAAAAGAACCCUGUGAAUAUGAAUUACCAUUGGAGCAAGCUUUUACAAGCUCAAACAAAUAUCAAGCAAUGGAUACCGCAGUCGAUGAUCGGGAAAAGUCUAUAUAUAACGAGGAAGCAAUGCAUAUAUUGAGAGCGAAAGAAUCAGGAAUCACAUACAUCUUUGGACAUUGCUCAGUCAAGGCCAAGAAAUCAUCUUCCAUUUUCAAGAAGUUAGCCAUUGAUAUUAUGUAUGCUUUUUUGAACCAGAAUUGUAGAGAGCAAGAGGUUUUACUAAAUGUGCCUCAUACCUCUCUAUUGGAAGUUGGGAUGGUAUAUUAUGUAUAGUUUCGACCAAGAAAAUAAGCAAGAAGCUUCAUCUCAUGUUUCAAUGUGAAAA